AUGUGUAGUUUGCUGGAGCUUUUCCCUGACCUUUAUGCGCAGGCAGCUGAGGAUGGUAUGUCGGUAGCGGAGGCAGGCGUUUGGACGAGCGGAAACGGCUGGGAAUGGCGGUUGGAUCGGGUGCUGCAGAACACAAGCAGCAGCAGCACCGCGAGCUCCAGUCAGUCGCAGCUGCUGGAUUUUUUGGACCGGACUGCGCUUUCGGUUGGCAGCGACGACGUGUUCCGGUGGAAGCUGAACAAGGAGGAGGUUUUUUCUGUUUCCUCUUGUUACUACAGGUUCUUCUCUAAGCUUUCUGGGCCUCCUAUUUUACCUAGCGUUGUUAAAGAUGCAUAUUUUAUUUGUAAGAUAGAUGCUCCUUCUAAAACUCUUUUAUUCGGGUGGAGAUUAAUUCACGAUAGACUAGCUACCAAAGAUCAUCUCUUCAUGAAAGGAAUUUUGGACAUUACCGAGAUUAAUUAG